UCAAAGAGUUUUUUUUAAAAAAGACUCAUUUUUAACUCAAACACAUCAACGAGGAGAAGCUUGGUGUCUAAUGGAGAGCAUUUUGGGUUUGCUCAGGAUUCGUGUCAAACGUGGUAUAAACCUUGCUGUACGUGAUGUUCGUAGCAGUGAUCCUUAUGUUGUCAUCAGGAUGGGCAAUCAGAAACUGAAAACUCGUGUGAUCAAGAAGGACGUUAAUCCACACUGGAAUGAAGAUUUAACUCUUUCUGUUACAGAUCCUAAUCUUCCAGUCAAGCUGAUCGUCUAUGACCAUGACUUGUUUACCAAAGACGAUAAAAUGGGAGAGGCAGAGAUUGAUAUUAGGCCAUUCAUAGAGACCUUGAAGAUGAACUUGGCAGGGCUUUCAAGUGGCACUGUCAUCACAAGAAUACAACCGAGCCGGCAAAAUUGCUUAUCUGAGGAUAGCUGCAUUAUUUAUAGUGAUGGCAAGGUUGUUCAAGAUCUCUACCUCAGAUUAAAAAAUGUGGAAUGUGGUGAAUUGGAAAUCCAACUCCAAUGGAUUACCUUCCCUAGCUCGAGGGGCUUUUAAAGUUUAUGAUUGUUCCUUUAUUUGCUUCCAAUCACAUGAUAUGGACAGGUUGCUUUCAAGCUUCUACCACCUGUGUGGAGGUCUAUCCACUGAUUUGCAUUACAAGCUAACCUUUUAUGUGCUUCUCUUACCUGUAUUCGGAUCAGGCUCUUAGCUCACGAUAGAGGAUUGAACAAUUUAUGGUUCUUGUUCUUGAUAUGUAUCUAAAUAUGUAAAUACGCUUUGUGCUGGAAAUUUCUGGACUUCGCGAGUUUACCAGUUGAAAGCAUGAUGACAUGUAGAUAGGCCGAAGCAUGUUUAUUCAUUA